AUGAUCUAUAUCUUCCUAAAGGUUGAACUGCACAAGCGUGCUCUGCGGGAUAGGUGUCCAUGCGAUCCAGAUUCCGGGGACUACAUAGGAGCGCACAAAUGCCGAGACAGUGACCACGUCAGUGAAUCACCCUUGCGGUGGGCUAUAGUCCGGAAGCGCCCUCGGUUGGUGCAGUACCUUCUCCGCAAUAAGAUUGACGGCGGACUGGAGAGCGGAUACUGGCCAGCACUCUAUUGGUUGCUUGCGGAGAUCGAAAAGCCUGAAAAGUGUAAUCCCUACAAAUGGACGUCAGAUUUCAGGAUAGGAAAGCCUGAGGUCGAAGUGGUCAAGCUGUUGUUCCAACUCGGAGUCCACCCCAUGGACCUCUCAGAGUCGGGCGUGCAUUGGCCGAACGGCGAACCUGUGACACCUCCCUUGCCUCAUUUGUUCAGGAUACAGGCUCAACCAUUCCUUAGGACAUUCAUCAAGCAAGGAACGGAUCUUGAUUGGACCACGUCAGAAGGAGAAAACGUACUCCACUUCGCAGUGAAAACGAUGCAAUACGCAAUGGUGAAGGCACUCUUACAGCUGGGGGUGGAUCCUAACGUUGGCGGAAGCAGCGAUGCCUUCCACCCGCUGCAUCGAGCUAUCACGUUCGUGGACGGAGAUUAUCAUGUCGACAAACGAAGAAUGAUUGUGCAAUUAUUGCUCAAUCACGGCACUAGCCCGAACGUGUGGUCCCCCAGCCACGAACAUCCGCUUCAUAGAAUCAUAUCAGAAUUCUACAUGGACCAUCACACGACGUUGAGCCCGAAGCACUUCACCACCCUCGCGUCUCGGUGCCAGGACGUCAACAUCCGCAACGGCCAAGGAAAAACAGCACUCCACUUAGUCAUGGAGCAACCCAAGCAGUACAUCGACGACCAGAACUGUCUCUGGUGCGCAAAGAUCCUGAUGGACGCGGGAGCGGACCCAUCACUACCAGACGCCACUGGCCAGACGCCCUUCCAUUCCGGUAUCCAAAAGUCCAAGUUCGGCGUCGGCGAUUUUACCAAUAGUCCUAACUUCCGAGCUCUCCAAUGGCGUUGGGAAGACGCCUACUUCCGACUUCACCUUGCGACCUACUACGCAGUCAAGCUUGGUAGGGUGGACCUGAUCCCCGCGCGCGUGAAACUCCCGGAUACCUCGAGCCGGCCGUUGGGAUCACAUAUUCGAGCGCCGACUGUCAAGAUUUUUCUCGAUUAUCAUGUCAUCGUGGCUCCUUCCGAGGUCUUCGAAGGGGAAUGGGAUCGUCGCGUUUUGGAGGCGGCGUGGGUUGAUUGGCCGUUAUGGGGUGCAGAUGAGUGGGCGAAAUGGCGAGACAACCAGAUAUGGAUGCAAAGUAGCCAACUGUAGCAAGGGCUCUGCCUAGCUACAUUCAUUCGGGCUUUCAUUUUACUUGGAUGUGUCUUGGGUCCUAAGAUAGGAGUCAAGGGACGACGAAUCUCUGCCAAUGCGAGUCUCAAAUCGCCAGCCGAGAUUCGUAGCUGGUUCUCUCAGUAUAGAAUAAAAGAAUAUUCUAUCUAGCCUAUUGACGGAAUCAUUGCUG